AUGAGUAAGGGAUCAAAAUAUUUCUCUCGCAAUGGCCUCCACGUUCAACCCCAGAACCCUUUCCUUCGCGACCCUCGCCUCGGUUUCAGCGCGGGUGCGGUGUCCGACGGUACGUCUCCCUCGCUCCCGACCCUCCUCUCCGUUCGCUCGUCUCGCGUAUAUCUCAUCUCACCCGGGCCGUGGUUCACGCCCGGCCUCGGCGCGUGCGGCGCCAACUCGCUCUCCGCCGACCUCAUCGUCGCGCUCUCGCCGUCCGACUACGCGGCCGGCGCGCACACUGUCGACUGUGCGUCCGCUUCCCCAGCCCUUCCCUCUGCCUUUCACGCACUCACUCCUUUCGCUCCCCUUAUCCCAUCCCCGCCCGCCCUCUCUACAACUAUUGUCCCACGUUUCUGGCUUGUCCUCACCCCGUGUGGACCCACAGUCAACGGCGCCAUCACCGUCGUCGACCUCCGCCCCAGCUGCGCGCCGGGCAGCAUCGACCUCUCGCCCGCCGCGUUCAGCGCGCUCGCGAGCCUCGGCGCGGGGCGCGUCGAGGUCGACUGGGUGUUCGCGUAA